AAAUGCGUAGCCUUCUAAAAUACAGAGAAUACUACAUACAGAUAUGGCUGGAGGCUAUUAGAAGAGCAUAGAGCCAGUAACGUUAGCUGGGAUAGUAGUUGGUUGCCGGCAGUGCCAUACGACGUUUCAAAGUGAUACAAAUUAUCUGUUAGCGACAACACCCGUAGUACUUUAAACUACUUUCUAGUGUGAUCAAGUCUUGGUAUAUUCAUAUCGCCUACUUGACAGGUGUGGUUUAUAGUGUAAAACUUCGGCAGGAAUGGUGCAGAACACCAUGGCCAGACGAGAAUGCGAAGUAGGAGUUAAUGAUGACUCUCCGCUUGCUCAGUUGGCAACAGCUAGUGCAGCACUCACACGGUCCCUUACUACGAGUGCUGUUUACAUCAAUCCUAGGCUGGUUACCGGGGAAGCGGUAGGGCCAUCUCUCAGAAGUACUCGCUCAUUCCGCGAGGGCCCUGUCGAGUCUCGUAGAAUAACUACUAGUGGGAAAUUGGACGCACUCGAGCAGUCAGAAUGCGACCUAUUUGAGUCACUUUUGCCGAAGGCCCCGGCAACGACGAGUGCUCCAACAUCUCCUGUGACUUCUAGUGCAGUUAAAAAAAGGUCAUCCAAGUCUACCCAGAGGCCUGUGAGCGUGUUGGUGGAUAAUUCUGCUCACAAUCUCAUACACACACAAGCGCCGUCUGCAACUAGUUUGCUUCUAAGGUUAAGUGCGGCGGGCCAGUCGAUGGUGGGCGGAGACGAUGCGAAGAACAACUACGCGAAUCAGCUUCUUUUUAUUCUGAAAUAUCGAAACAGUAGCGAUGCGCGAGAUUUCUUUAGUUUUUUGAGGGCUGAGCAUAGUGAGGAAAUCCUGCUUUUCUUUUGGAAGUGUGAGGAUUGGAAAGAGCACUACGAUAAGGUCUGCAAAGGCAAAGACGUUCUGCUGGUAAAACUCUCUGCUAUGGAAAUUUAUGAGAGUUUCGUCGAAGCCGGUUCAGAGUUUGAGAUCAAUCUUGAUGAGAAAGAUAGUCUGUGGAUACGGGAGCAACUUGCACAAGGACUCUUCCCAUCUUAUACUAUAUUUGACGACGCUCAGCAGUGUGCAUACCGUAUGCUAUUAGAAAAUAAGAUUACGCGAUUUGCAGAGUUCAAAAAAGGGCAGAACAAGAUAAAGAGCAACCGGAAGCACAAUUUUAAAUAUACCGGAUUCAAGGCGCAGAAGCCACCCGCAUGCGCGAAGUGUAAAGAUCUGGUAUUUGCCAAUGUAGUGCGAUGUUCUGGGUGUCUCAUUGUGUGCCAUUCAGCAUGCGGGAAGGAGGUGAUGCAGAUGGGUCUGAUAUGCACGGGUGAACCCAUACGCAGGAAUAGCAACAUCUUCGAGGUGCUUCCGGCGACAAACUCAGGGAAGGCGUGUAAUAUCUUGGGAGGUAUCCCUGUAGCUCCUAUAAGCGCACCCAACAAAUUUCAUAGUCAAUUAAUGGGCGAAGAAAAUCGCUCUGCCGUACAACGAUUUGGUAGCGCAGAGGAUCUCCUGUCGACGAAGUCAGAUCCCGCAUCUCCCUCACCAACUACGCCAGUGGAAGGUAUGGCCGACAGCAGAGGCAUGCGAACAUCAAAACUGGCGGCAACCAAUUUCAUCAAUCAGGCAGCGCCGGUGAACGAAGGGAGGGAUUCAUAUAUGAGUGUCCCCGCCGCAAUCGCCAGGCGGGCGUCGUGUAAGCUACUGUCCGAUUCGCUGGACACGUUCAAAGAGGCGGAGCAUGCCCCGUUGAGAAAAGCUCUGUCUAGUUCGUUGGUCAACUAUGACACACCUAAGGAUCUUAUGCGCACUCGCGUACACGCAAAGCCCAGUGAGGACCCCGAGAUGCAGGAUAUAUAUGCACCGGCUAAGGCCGCGAAGUUUUUUGGUGUGAUACCCACUCUCGUACCGGCGAAUUUGGAAGGCAAACCUUUCCAGAUGCUUGGGUCGUACGGAGAAAAUCCUCCUCUACACGCUGGUAGAAAGGCGACGAAAAUACUUGGAAAUAAUGAGGGAUUCAAGCGAGGUGAUUCAUUGACUCGUACGUUAACUACUGGUAUUAAUGGGUUGGAUAUGUAAUUUGGAUAUGACAUUCAAUCAAAUUUUUACUUAGUUGACGGACACGUGCCCAUGAUCGGCAGUGGUCCCCUUGCCGAUUGGAAGACAGUCCACGAAGAUUGGAGCGAGCUGCUCACUUCAAGGAAACAUCGAACACGUGAUACUGUUCAAUUGUCAAGUGCAACUGCUCGAUUCGAAAUUGACUGUUGGGAUUGCAUUCACAAUUUUCAUGAACUCAACAAUUUCCGUCUUUGCGCGGCAUUGGAAAGGUCAGGCAAUUAGCUGUGCGUGCGGAAACACUGAUUAGAAUGCGUUGGCCUUGUACAUAUUGGCCAUGGUAUAUCACAAAUGACUAGCAGUGAUAGAACGCAACAAAUUAAAAAACGGCCAAGCGGGAGUCUGUGUAAGGUCUCGUUCCUGAGUGGCAUACACACCGAAAGCCCUGUAGAGAGUUGGACGAUGGACACGGGUGGGCAUGAAUAGGAUUGAGUAUGUUGACAAGAAAGUGUGGCGCCAACAAUUGUGUCUAACACAUCUUGUUCUACUACGUAGUCGGAACGUACUGGACCUGCAUGGAGCUACAAUGUUCUAAUAUAUAGUGGGUAGUUGCUAUACGAGUGACGAUAUAGAAGAUAGUAUAUUUACUUAUUUGUACUUGGACGGUGCGGGGUACUCUUGUUCUCCGUAUGCGGACAGGUUUAUGGCUCAGAACAUAUUUUAAAAGAAUGAAUACUUCAAAGUGUAUUUAGUAGUAACAAAGAAUAAAACGCAUCAAAUACC